ACGGUCUCGCGAUUCUCGCCCUCUUCAUCCUCCUUUUCCUCCUCUGGCUCUGCAAUUCCGAGAUCAAAGGAAACUACUCAGACCUAACCCUAAUCAGAACUAUACACUCUACAGUUUCGCGACUUUUCCCGCUCUUGUAAUGGGAAAUGGAGCUUGAAGAGAUCGCAGCGGUUCUGGAGAAAAUUUGGGACCUCCACGACAAGAUUAGCGACGCCAUUCACGCUAUCUCAAGAUCGCAUUUCCUUGAUUCCAUUAAAGCUCAGAAGAAAUCCGACGACGUUUUCUUUUCUUGCACCUUCGACAAGAGGAAGCCUCGUAACGAUAGUGUUGAUGAUCGCAGCGGAUUCGUUUUCGUGAAAGAUAUUAACGUUGACAAUGAUUCAGCACUUGCGGAGGCCAAAAGCUUCAAUUCUAUCAGAACUGCGCUCGAGAACCUCGAAGACCAGCUUGAGUUCUUUCAUACUAUACAAUCACAACAGCAGACUGAAAGAGAUGCUGCAAUUGCACGGUUAGAGCAAAGCCGAAUUAUCCUUGCCAUGAGACUGGCUGAUCACCAAGGUCAGAAGUGUAAAGUCAUUGAAGAAGUUCUAGCUUUUGUUGGUGAUGUAGAAAAUGCAGGCUGUUUUAUCAACCCUGAAAAUUUGUUUCAACCACCUAAGAGCCAAUCUGGUGAAAACUUAGGAGGUCAUGUAGGGAAAAGGCCAAAUAUUGUGAUGCAAGUUCUGGCGUCAGGUUUUACCUUUGCCAAAAAAUCUCUUAAAUUGGAGAGGAUGGGUGGGAUAUUGGGGAAUGCUGCUUUGUUCACGGUUAGCAUUCUUGCCUUCCUGCAUGUCCAUCAAGUAGCCUUCCAGAACAAUAUUAUGGUGGAGGUUCCAGAAAUGCGGGAGAAUUCUUUUUAUAGCAAGGGAAAAGAGAACUCUCCAGCUCUUAGUGGUCGUGUGAAGCAUUUGGAUGUUUUGUCAGCUAGGGGAUAGGCUUGAUUUUUGAGAGCUAUACAUGUUCAUGGUUUUAUGACCUUGUUAGAGCGGUUUGUUGUGAUGAACAAAUAUCCAUCUUGUAAUUUUUCUUCCACGGAAAUCCCAAUUGGUGCUGGCAAUUGUGAGUCACUGUUUUGAU